AUGGAAACCGAAUCUAAAAUACAACAAAAGUUCUUAAAUUUGAGAUAAGUCGCUCCUCCCAUUCUUGGAUCAAUUCAUUAUAACAAAUCUCCUAACCUCGAGUAACUUGAUUAACUAGCAUAAAUCUCAGUAAAGAGGAGAAUGAAAUCAAAUGAUCCCCAAAAAACUGAACCCACAUAUAGAGAUAUACAUAGUAAAUCAUUCAUAAAAAUUAAGAAAAUAUAUCUAAAUAGAAAGAAGAAAUUAAUAAAAUAAAAAAAACUAAACAACCUUCAUUACCUUAUUUACCAAAAAAAUAGAAAGAAUUUUAUAAUAAAUGGUACAUACCUUAUGAUUAGAGGUAUGUUCAAAAGCCAGAUUUCAUGCUUUAGAAAUAUGAAGGUAUAUUUAAAUGCAUUCAACUAUUAGAUGAAUUACACUUUUAUAAAAAUAUGCAUAAUAUGUAUGUACAAUAUAAUCCAUUUGAUCAAAAUUUACCUGAGGAUCUUAUGAAAAAGAUUGGCAAUAAGGAAAGAACAGAGGCACUCAAAGAAAUAUUGAAAGGUUAGAAAUAGAUAAUUGAAUUUAAGAGGUUUUAUUUUAUAUUAAAGCUUAGGAGUUUAGAAAAAGAAAAAUAAAGAGUUCCUGAAUUUAUAAAAUAAUUAAUGGAAGCUGAAAACAAAAACUAAAAGCAAAAACAGUAAUUUUAGUACUAAUGA